GAAAGCUGUACCAAUGAAUAACGAAAGGUAUUGCAAUAUGAAUAAUGAAGGGUAUAGCAAUGAGAAUAAUGAAGAGUAUAGCAAUGAGAAUAAUGAAGAGUAUUAUGAUAAGAACAAUAAAGGGUAUUAUAAUAAUAUAGAGUUAGAACAUGUAGAUGUUGACUUGGAGUUGGUGAAAUCAGAGCAUGUAAAUGCUGAUUUGGAGAUGGUAGAAUCAGAGCAUGUAAAUGCUGAUUUGAAGAUGGUAGAAUCAGAGCAUUUAGAGGUGGAAUCUAAUAGUUAUAUAGUCAUCACAGAUGAUUCGA